UGAAGAUGGAGGGUGGUAGGACGGGGGUUACGUGGAGUUUUGGGGCGCGGAAUAUCACGAAUGUGAAAAAAAAUCCUCUGGUCCUUUCCUGUCUUUUGAUAACACUAAAAUAGCCCCCCUAUUAGAUCAGUGUGUAAUUAUUUAAAAAUUAACGACAAAUAAAUUAAGAAGUUCGGGGUCGGGGGGGUCUUUCCCUCAAUCGAUUCUCAGUCACGUGGUACCACUCGAGAUGGCGGCGGCGAUGGACGAGGAGUUCGAGGAUGCUAUAGACGUGGAGCCCCUGGAACCCACCCUGUGCAAUAUCAUCGAGCAGAAGUCCCUCAAGUGGAUCUUUGUGGGUGGGAAAGGAGGCGUGGGCAAAACCACGUGCAGCUGUAGUUUGGCUGUGCAGUUGGCGGAGGUUCGGGAGAGCGUGCUGAUCAUUUCUACCGAUCCAGCUCAUAACAUCUCUGAUGCAUUUGAUCAGAAAUUCUCAAAAGUACCAACAAAAGUGAAAGGCUAUGAUAAUCUGUUUGCUAUGGAAAUUGACCCAAGCCUGGGAGUGGCGGAAUUACCUGAUGAAUUUUUUGAGGAAGAUAAUAUGCUGAGCAUGGGUAAGAAGAUGAUGCAGGAAGCAAUGAGCGCAUUCCCUGGCAUUGAUGAAGCUAUGAGCUAUGCUGAAGUAAUGAGGUUGGUGAAAGGCAUGAAUUUCUCAGUAGUGGUGUUUGACACAGCACCAACAGGGCACACAUUACGACUUCUGAACUUUCCAACUAUCGUUGAGAGGGGACUUGGGAGACUAAUGCAAAUUAAAAACCAGAUCAGCCCUUUCAUUUCCCAGAUGUGCAGUAUGCUUGGACUCGGUGACAUGAAUGCAGAUCAACUUGCUUCGAAGCUGGAGGAGACCUUACCCGUCAUUCGUUCAGUCAGUGAACAGUUUAAAGACCCGGAGCAGACCACCUUUAUCUGUGUUUGCAUUGCUGAGUUUCUGUCCUUAUACGAGACAGAACGACUAAUUCAAGAGUUGGCCAAGUGUAAAAUUGACAGCCACAACAUAAUUGUAAACCAACUAGUAUUUCCAGACCCUGGGGAGAAACCAUGCAAGAUGUGUGAGGCUCGACACAAAAUCCAAUCCAAAUAUCUAGACCAGAUGGAAGAUUUGUAUGAAGAUUUUCACAUUGUGAAACUCCCAUUGUUACCUCAUGAAGUCAGGGGCACUGACAAAGUCAACACUUUCUCUAAACUCCUGCUUGAGCCUUACAAGCCACCGAGUAAAUGAAUAGACUCCCUCAUUCCGUUUCAAGACUGAUGCAAAGAGAUCCAAGAUUUGUAAUUUAUUAACACUGUUUGUAGGAAGGAGCUUGGGGAGGGAAUGCGUGGAUGUUAUUUAUUGUUUCGAUCAGUUUUUGAUUUCUGGUUAUUGUAACUUUAAGGAGGUGAUUUUGCAUUGUGAUCUCAAGAGGUUGUGUCAAAGUUGUAGAAUGGAGCAUUAUAUAUCUACAGCUUUAUUCUGUGAUUAACUGCUUCAGAUUCUUCCCCUCCUCUUAAUGGUUGUCUGUCCUGUCUCAAGUGACCCUAUGUCUUGAGGACCCAACGCAUCCUCUGUAAUUCUCCUCCUACCAGCAGUUCACUUAACUGUGGCUGUUUCUCCAGUUGAACACCUCGAAAUGAAGUGAUUGCUUUACUACAGAAGCAACAGUUGUAUUAGGAAUCAACAGUGACCCCUUUCCUACUACCCACCCCUGCCCUAUUCCUUGCCACAGAUGCUGCUACCUAAAAAUGGCAUUAUGAAACUAGCCCAUUAAAUGCUUUGACACAAGCAAGCCACUCUCCUAUAACUCCAUGUUUCAUUUCAGCAGCAGUUGAAGUUGUUCGUUAUUCAUGCGAAUAGGAGCCAGCUGCCCCAUAUUAGGCAACAAAUUCUAAUCUUUUGAGACCAAUUCAGCAAUCAUCAUGUAACCUACGUAUGUUUCUUUAGAGCGUUCCUUAUUUCACUCAGCUCUCCAUUAGAUAAGCAGACCAAAUACAUCUUCUGUCUCUUUCAGAACAUGGGUUAUAUGAGAAAGCUUCUCUAAACCUGACCACUGACAAAGUACUUAAAAUGGUGCAUUAGGUUUAAAAAAAUUAUCUGGCAUUGCUGGUUCUGGUGUUGUCAGGCCUCCGAUUCGCUUUACGCAAUCUGACACUUGAGAUUUUAUCUGUGUUGAUAUGCUGCUUUGAGUGCUGUCUGUGCUUUAUGGGGCCUUUUUCCAAUUUGGAAAGGCUUUUAAUGAAGAGAAGGGUUUAUGAAGAACCUACACACACCUGAAAUUUUUGAGACCCGUCCGUUUUGUUGUAUUGGGUCUGUUUACGGAUUCUCUUGUGGACUCUGUUUUCCUUUACACUGUUCAUGAUCAGAGUCUGGGCCAGAUGGGAGUUGGUCUGGAGCCUCCUCUAUGAAUUUGGGGCUCGGAGUGGGAUUGGGCUGUUUAUACUUUCUGACUGAAUCUUUGUCUGUUAAAGUGGCUCACCUAGUUUAACAUAACGAGCGAUGGUGGAGCAGAAAGAUCAAAUGAUUCACAAAGUACAGAGGUCGAAGUGAUGUGACGUUUGCCAGGGCAGGAGUGGACAGCGCUAAAUACGGUUCCUGCUGCUGGUCCUCGUCCUCCUGAGCUGAUGAGUAUUUGGAAAUUGCUUGUUGGCCUGACACCUGAGAGUGCCCACUUAGGACAGAAUGCUGUUUAAAUGGUGCUUGGUGUCCUCCUGACAAUCGACACCGUUUUUUUUGAGUGGGGUCAUUUAUAACAUGGGAUAAGAAAUUCAAUAAACACCUAAUUAUUCAUGGUGGUCUCACCACAUGCGAGUAUUGCAAUUGUUUUUAAUAGUUUGUGAAGUUCACGAUGAGUUGACUUGAAGACAUUAUUCUAUGACUGUUGAAGUCAAAAUGCAGACUAAAUACAACAGGGGCCAUACACUACUCGGUGACUGCAAAUUCUCCGUAUGUUUUAUUUCCCUCACAUAUCAGGGACUACAUGUUGAAUGAUAUAUCCACUCUGGUCCAGUCAGUAGUCUGAAAAGACUACUGCCCAAAUGGUACAAUAAGUGGCAUUUGUGUGUUAAUAUUAUGGAAACUGUGAUGGGAAAGGCAAGCUUACUUAAAAGCACUGGGUCAAUCAUCCCCUGCUUUCUGUUCACUUUAGACAAUUAUCUCUCUGAAACCGGCCCUACCUUCCCAUUAACUAAACAGACUAUUGCUUGAGUUUUAACUAACCAACUCUCACCAAAGAAAGAUGGAUACAGAGCUGGAGGGAAGAACACAUAAUCAGGGAUGCUUUUUUUAGGUAAGAGAAACCUAUCUUAACUGGCUAGCAAACAACCCAACUCAUGCAAUUUAAAAUUAAAAUGUAGAAUUAAUUUAAGUCCAUAUCCAAAUGCUAUUUUCUGCAGAGUUCCCUUUUUGGCUGCUGCAGUAACUCAUUUGCUUCCAAAUGGAUGCCAUAUGGCUGAGUAGUAUACGCCAGUAGUUCGCUAUCCACAUUGACUUAGCAGAACCUAUCCCAUUUAAGGGAGGUGGUUCAACAUCUGGCACCUGAAGGCAUAGUUGGAAAAGAGGAAUUCACUGGGGUUCCUGCUGAUGAACUGUUUGUACAGUAUCUAAGCAUUGUUGGAAGAUAGACAUUUGUGGGUGACCAGUGAGAGAGCAGGAUGUCCCUCAGUGAAUUGAUUGCUUUUCACAGUGUCACAAGCUAUGCUGAGGGCAAGAUGCUGGAAGUUACCGAGUGUCUACGACCAGACCCCCACUAUCAGCAGAGAAAAGAAAAUUGAUAGAGAAAAGCUAUCUUUUUAAAGUAGUAACACUAACAGCUAUUAUUAAAGUUUGAGUUGAGUUUAAAUACUACAAGGGUAAACUUAAGUAUUUAUUUGUAUUGUUUACAAUAAUUUCUAGGCUGGAGAUGGGGAAUAAAUGUAUUAAAACUCUUGAAAUAUA